AUGGAUUUUUCUAUUAUGGGAAUGUCAUUUGCAAUCUGUGACCAACGUUUUUGUUGUUGAAUUUCUCGUCUUUUAUUGUAAGAGUCGAUAACUCCAGACAACAUGUGACCGUUAAAAUUAUGUGUUUGAGGACAGUGCAGUCUAUUGCUUUUCAUUGGCCAAGGUGGAGUCGGAACUUGAGCAGGUGGCGCUCACUUACUGGAACAGUAGCUCAUCAAGGAUCCAAUCUUUCUCUCCCUCUCUGUCUCUCUCUUCCCCCCUCCUCCCCUCCAGCACAGUUGCAAUAGCCCCCCCUCCUACACCGCCUGCCCGCGCGGGUGCACGAGUGGCUGCUGCGGCGCCGAAUCUCUCGCAGUCGCGCCGGUCGCCAGUGGACGCUGCCCGGCUGGCGGAACAUGGCGGCGGCCCCGGAAGAGGAGGUAGACCGCAGACCGAUCCGGAGGGUCCGCUCCAAGAGCGACACGCCUUACAUCAACGAGGCGAGGAUCUCUCUCCACCUGGAGACAGCUGAGGAAGUGGAGAGGUUGGCAGCGAUGCGCUCUGAUUCGCUGGUACCGGGUACGCACACGCCCCCCAUCCGGCGGCGGAGCAAAUUCGCCACCCUGGGUCGUCUGUUCAAACCCUGGAAGUGGAGGAAGAAGAAGAGUGAGAAGUUUAAGCAGACGUCUGCAGUGUUGGAGAGGAAGAUGUCCACUCGCCAGAGCAGAGAGGAGCUCAUCAAGAAGGGACUCCUAAAGGAGGUCUAUGAGAAAGAUGGUGCAUCUCUGACCAUCCGGGAGGAGGUGAAGAUAGAGAAUGGUCGUUCCUCGGUGCUUGGCUCCAGCCUGUCGGAGUCUGAAGGUAGUGAGCUGAUGGAGGGAGCAGCAGGAGCAGCUGUAGGCUCCCUGGAGUUUCAAAUGCCUAGUGAUGCUCAACAGGACCACACCCAGAAAUCCAGUCAGGCUCCGCCCACAAAGAAGUCUAUCGUAUAUCAGGCUGAUGGUGCUGAAUCAACCCUCUGCAGACCUCCAACGCUACACAAACAACCUCCCGCUCUGCCACCCAAGCCUUUCAACAGGCUACCCAAUCACAUUACAGACGGCGCCCCCGUGAAGUUGCCAUGCAUGUCGGCUAAGUUGUCUCCUCCUCUACCUCCGAAGAAGCUCAUGAUCUCCGUACCUGCAGGGAGCAUGGAGCCCUCUUCUAUCGCCUUCCAGAAGUGCCCCGCCCCUCCCAGCCAUGCUCCAAUGGGUGCACACUCACUGCAGUACGGGACCCUGCCUGUUCCUCUCCACCCGCCCAGCCGAAUCAUAGAGGAGCUGAACAAAACCCUGGCCCUCACCAUGCAGAGGUUUGAGAGCUCCAUGAUGCACACCGUUCCCACGGUGAUGAUCGAGUGCGACGAUGACAAAGAGAACCUCCCUAACGAGGCAGACUACGAGGACCUGCCGGGCAUGUACAAGGAUGAGGAAGAGGAGGAAGAGGAAGACGAGGAGGAAGAUGAGGAGGAGGAGGAAGACGAAGAAGAGGAUGAGGAUGAUACACUGUUUACAAGCACACUGGCCAUGAAGGUCUUACGAAAAGACUCUCUGGCCAUCAAGCUGAGCAACCGUCCAUCCAAAAGAGAGCUGGAGGAGAAGAACAUCCUGCCACUGCAUUCGGACCAGGAGCGGCUCGAAUCCCGGCAACAGACGGCCACCAAACUGACGAGACGGUUGAGUCAAAGGCCGACAGCAGAGGAGCUAGAACAGAGGAACAUUCUGAAACCUCGAAAUGAUCUGGAGGAGCAGGAGGAGAAGAGGGAGAUCAAGAGGCAUCUGUCGAGAAAGCUCAGCCAGAGACCCACAGUCGAGGAGCUGAGAGAGGCGAAGAUCCUCAUCCGCUUCAGUGACUACGUGGAGGUCGCCGAGGCUCAGGACUACGACAGGAGAGCAGACAAGCCGUGGACUCGGCUAACAGCUACAGAUAAGGCUGCCAUUAGAAAGGAACUAAAUGAGUUUAAAAGCACAGAGAUGGAGGUGCAUGAGUCGAGCCGUCAUUUGACCAGGUUUCACAGGCCGUAAGUCGGCUCAGAGACCUCAGCCAUGUUUUUAAAAUCCCUUAAAGUCU